UCGCGGGGCAGAGCGCCUGCGCACGGAGGACUUUGGCGGGUUUUUUUUAAUUCUUCUUCCUAAUUCUUGCUCGGUGUGUUUCGGUGCCGGUGCCGGUGCCGGGCGGGAGGGAUGGGGCCUGGGGGCGCCGGCUCCGUGUCGGCCGAGCGCCUGGCCGCCGAACUGCAGAUGUUCGGCCUGGACUGCGAGGAGGCGGCCUACGAGAAGCUGAUGGAGCUGUGUCCCCUGUACCGGCAGACCGAGGACCAGCUAGUGGCCGAGCUGGUGGCCUUCAGCAGCAACACCGGCAGAGUUUAUCUCACCUUGGAGAACCUCAACUCCUUUGAAAAUGAGUUUCUGAUCAAAAGGACAGCCAAGGCUCGGCACAGCGCCCCCAAGAAGGACAGCGGCCCCCCGGGAGUCUGGGACAUCGUGUCCAUUCAAGAGCUGAUUGAUGUUGAAGCCAAAGAGGAGACCCUCCUGAACUCGUACGCAACGCCCUCCAAGGGUUCCCAGAAGCGCAGCGUCAGCACCCCGGAGACCCCCCAGUCCAAGCGGAAUGUGUCAGCAGCUCGAAGUCCCCACCUGCUCUUCUCUCCGUCCAGCUUCUCACCGAGCGCCACGCCCUCGCAGAAGUACAGCUCCCGAAGCAGCCGAGGGGAGGUGGUGGCCUCCUUUGGCUCCACGCAGGGGAUGUCGUGGUCCGGGAAAGGAGGCAGCGGCUCCCUCAGCGUGAAGGUCUUGGACGCCGCCAGAGCCCUCACUGGGAACUACAAGUCCAUGUUCCAGAAGCUCACAGACAUCCGAGAAGUUCUCACCUGCAGGAUUGAGGAACUCGGCUGGGAACUGAAGGAGCUUCACAAGAUUGAGGCCUUUAGCCCCAUUUCAGUGCCGGCCCAGGAGCCGAUCACUUUGCUGGGACAGAUUGGUUGUGACAGUAAUGGGAAACUGAACUCCAAGUCGGUGAUUCUGGAAGGAGACCGGGAGCACUCCCUGGGGAUACAGAUCCCGGUGGAUCUCUCGGAGCUCAAGGAAUAUUCUCUGUUUCCUGGCCAGAUCGUCGUCAUGGAGGGAACCAACACAACAGGGAAGAAGUUCAUUGCCACCAAACUCUAUGAGGGAGCGCCUCUUCCUUUCUACCAGCCCACAGAAGAGGAUGGGGACUUGGACCAGCGGAUGCUCCUGGUGGCCUGCGGGCCUUACACCACGUCUGACAGCAUCACCUACGACCCCAUGAUUGACCUGAUCAGUGUCAUCAGCAGAGACCAGCCGGACGUGUGCAUCCUGCUGGGACCUUUCCUGGAUGCUAAGCACGAACAAGUUGAGAACUGUCAGCUGACCACCUCGUUUGAGGACGUGUUCAAACAUUGUCUGAGGAUGAUCAUCGAAGGGACGAGAAGCUCAGGCACCCACCUGGUGUUUGUGCCGUCCCUGCGAGACGUGAACCAUCGGCCCGUGUACCCCCAGCCACCCUUCAGCAGCUUGGAGCUCCUCAAGGAGGACAAAGAGCGCGUGCACUUUGUGUCUGACCCCUGCAUCCUCUCCAUAAACGGAGUGAUUUUGGGCUUGACCUCGACAGACCUGCUGUUUCACAUGGGAGCCGAGGAAAUCAGCAGCUCGUCCAGCACCUCGGACAGGUUCAGCCGGAUCCUCAAGCACGUCCUGACCCAGAGGAGCUUCUACCCCCUCUACCCGCCCUUCGAAGAGAUGAGCAUCGACUAUGAACAUUUCUACUCCUACGCGCAGCUUCCCGUCACGCCGGACGUGCUCAUCGCGCCCUCAGAGCUGAGAUACUUUGUGAAGGACGUCUUGGGCUGCGUCUGCAUGAACCCCGGGCGCCUCACCAAGGGGCAGGUGGGGGGCACCUUUGGGCGCCUGUACAUCAGCAGGCAGCUUGCCGACGGUGAGAGGAAGAGUCCGUGCACGGCGGCCCAGGUGGUCAAGAUCUGAUGCCCUCCUCGGGCCUGGAGUGACCUGCCCUUCUGGCCUGAGCUGCUGGACCCCUCCCUCAGGAGGAAGCAGCCCCACCCCCCGCCAGGUCCGCGUGGUUCGCACUCAGCCCCGAGUGUGGACGUCGCUCACUCGAUUCUGGGGAGGGAAGGGAACGUUUGCUACAUGGAAUAAAAACAAGACUGUGGAAAAAUUAAA